AGAGGCGUUGAGAGGAAUACAACAAAAAAAAAAAAAAAAACAAGAUGGCAACGGGCUCAGAUCACGGGCUGCAAAGAAUAGUUUGGAAAAAGAUAAAGGAAUCUAUUAUCGCAGACUGCAGAAAAUCUGAAGUAUGGAAGAUUUUGAUUCUGGACACCUUCACCACCAAGCUUCUCUCAUCAUGCUGCAAAAUGUCCGACCUACUGGCAGAGAAAAUCACAAUUGUGGAGGACCUGUUCAAAACCCGAGAGCCUGUUCCAGACAUGAAGGCCAUCUACUUCAUGUCACCGACCGCUCAGUGUGUGGACGCCUUUAUCGCUGACUUCAAGACCAAACCCAAAUAUAAAGCCGCCUAUGUUUAUUUCACUGACUACCUUUCUGAUGACCUCUUCGACAAUAUGAAGCGGCACUGUGCAAAGUACAUACGUGUCUGUAAGGAAAUCAACAUGUCCUUCAUGCCACACGAGGCACAAGUGUUCACCUGUGAUAAUCCGGGGGCUUUCCAAAGCCUCUACAGCCCCAAGAGUCAGGACAAAAUGAAGAUACUGGAGACGCUCGCAAACCAGCUCGUCACGCUCUGUGCCACGUUGGACGAGAACCCGGGGGUCAGAUACAAGAAGGACAGCAACAUGGAGAACGCCAAGACCCUGGCAGAGCUGGUGGACGACAAGCUGGAAAGACACUACGACAUUGAUGAUGGUGGCAAGAAGAAGGGAAAGACCCAGGCCCAGCUGUUGAUAGUGGAGAGAGGCUUUGACCCCGUCAGCCCCAUCCUACAUGAGCUGACCUACCAGGCCAUGGCUUACGAUCUUAUUGAUAUCCAGGACAACAUCUACAAGUACAAGGGUAAAGAUGGCUCUGAGAAGCAGGCCAUGCUGAAUGAAGAGGACAUGCUCUGGGUCGAGCUGAGGCACAAGCACAUCGCCGACGUCUCAGCAGAAAUCCCCAAGAUGGUGAAGGAAAUAUCUGCCAGCAAGAAAAAGCCAGAUGGGAAGAUCACGAUAAGCAAUCUGGCUCAAAUGAUGAAGAAGAUGCCGUCUUUCCGUAAACAACUGACAGAGAAAACAGUUCACCUGCAGCUGGCUGAGGACUGCAUGAAGCAUUACUCGAACAAUGUGGAGAAACUCUGCAAAGCUGAACAGGAUCUUGCCGUUGGGGCAGACUUGGAAGGGGUUAAGGUGAAAGAUCCCAUGAGGACGCUGCUCCCUGUGCUGCUCCACCCGUACAACAUCCAUGACAAGAUCCGAGCUGUGCUGCUCUACAUCUUCAGCCUGAAUGGAACAACAGACGAGAACUUAAACAAACUCAUCCAGCACGUAAAGAUCGAGGACGAACAAGAGUUCAUCCAUAACUGGAAGGAACUAGGGGUCCCUAUCAUCACAUCGCCUAGUUUAUUUUCUCGAAAACCGUCCAGGAGGGAUCGUUCCCAAGAGGAGAAGUACAACCUUUCCAGGUGGACUCCGGUUAUAAAAGAUGUGAUGGAGGAUGCUGUGGAGAACAAACUGGACACCAGAGAAUGGCCGCAUCAGUCCGAGUGUCCUGCUGCCUGGAACGGCUCGGGGGCGGUCAGCGCCCGUCAGAAGCACAAAGCUUCUCAGGAUGAUCGGCGGACGGGCUCGCGACUCAUCAUCUUCGUUCUGGGGGGAAUGUGUUUCUCUGAGAUGCGCUCUGCCUACGAGGUCACGCAGGCUGUGAAAUCCUGCGAGGUCAUCAUAGGGUCUUCUCACAUUUUGACCCCAAGCAGUCUCCUGGAGGACAUCAAGGCUCUGAGCAAAGGCCCCAUGGAGACUUUUACGAUCGACGAAAGGAGCACCGCCUGAGUCGUUUUGGCUCCCUGACACAAACUUGUCCCUCUACGUUUCGUAUUCCUCCGCACACUGCACUCAUCUCGACUUCCUAAGAGGGAGACUGAAGGGAAUCUAUCAUAUGCUUAUUCUUUAUCUGUAAUGCUCUUUUCAAAUCUGGUGCACAUUUCCAGCAGGUGUGAGGGCAUCUUUUCUUUUAAUUGGGUCAUUUCAGAAUGCUUCUUCUUGAAGAAAUAAGGAAGGCUUUGAAUUAAGUAGAAGGGAAUUUACCUUCUGCCAAUAUGAGCAAUACAAGUACACAUUUUCUAAUCUGCAUGUUUGUGUUUGCCUUUGUCCAUAAAAGUAAUAAUUUGUUGUGUUACAUGUUAAAAGACCUCUGCUAAUCUGAGACAGAGAGAUGGAGGAGUGUCAAGAAAACUUAAUGUAUAUAUACUGUAUGUAAGCACUGAUGCCCUGCUGUGUUAUUCAGACCUUUCUGGUCACUGUUUAUAAACACUUAAUAUCAUUUUGAAGUGUGUUUUUAACAAAGCGUAUGUACCUUUUUUCUUGCAUUGAACAACUGACUAAUAAACGGAUGAAUUGGUUCA